AUGUCCGACUCGACCGAGACCACCCCGCUCGUCCCUGACGCGUCGGCCGGCAGUAAUCGGGCAGAGCUUCUGAGCUACGAGGAGUCGCUCAAGCAGCUGCCAUGGCAGACAGACAAUCCGUGGAUCUUGACAGGCUAUCGAAGGCAGCUGCACACUAUCCGAGCUUGCUUGUGGAGUGCGGUAGCUUCCCUACACAAUGAGACCAUCAAUAUCCACACCCACUCGAUCGGCGCACUCAUCUUCGCCGCCCUCAUCCCCCUGCACCUCACCCCGCACCCGUUCCCUGCGCUCGCGCCCUUCCUCCCGCACCCGUCGUCUUGGACAGGCAGACAUGAUCCGGCACCGGUACCGCCAACACUGCACGAUCGGGUUGCUCUUACCGCGUACCUGCUCUGUGCGGUCGCUUGCCUCAGCCUCAGCGCUUGGUUCCAUACUAUCCAGCCGUGCAAUAAGAAGGUUUGCUUGGCGGGUCAUAGCGGAGAUUAUACUGGAAUUGUCAUCUUAAUCGUGGGAAGUAUCCUGCCGGGCAUGUAUUACGCCUUCCACGAUUCUCCAAGGCUGCAAGCCUUCUACAUGGUCCUCAUCUCCUCAGCUGGUCUUGGGGCAGCAUGGAUGGUCCUGUCUCCUUAUGGUCGCGCUCACCGAUGGCACCGUACCCUCACAUUCAUCGGCCUCGGCCUAUCCAGCAUUCUGCCGAUAGGGCACGUCGUAGCGACCCGAGGGCUGGACAUUGCAAGAGGUCAGAUGAGCCUCGACUUGGUCAUUGCCAGCGGGGCGAGCUAUAUCUUUGGUGCCGUAUUAUAUGCUGCUCGAUUUCCUGAACGCCACCUUCCCGGGAAAGUCGACUUCAUCGGCAACUCGCAUCAGAUCUUUCACGUCUUCGUGCUCUUCGGGGCGUGGUUCCAGUAUGCGGCGCUGAGGGGGAUGGCCUGGGGUCGAGGGAUGGCAGUCGGCGGAUGA